AUGAAUAAUUCUUUUAAGGAAGUAGUAAAACAAAUGCAUUUAAACAACGUUCAAACACUGAAUGUUGAAAUUACUAAAAACCUUGAUUUACUUGUUCCUUUAUUACAGUCUCUUGAGAAAGAAAAACAAAGGUACUUAGAAGAUAUUGGCUCACUUGCUGGGUUUAAAGUACCUCAAGUUCCAGAAGAAAUAAAGAAAUGGGUUAAAAUGAUGAAAGAAAUAAAAAAUACAAAAGAAGAACAAAAACAACAGAAACAACACCACAAAAAAGAAGUGAAAGGUUCUUUGGCUCAAAGAAAACAAAUAACAACUCAAAAAGAAGUUGAAACAUCAUCAAAAACAUCAACCAAACCAAAAAAAUUACUUAUAAAUGAUAAUAAAGAAAAAAUACAACAUAUUUGGAAUGGAAUUUUUAAAGAACAAGAAAGAAAAACCUCUCACCAUCGUAUAAAUCAGAAAGAUUUAUUAAAACAAACAACUCCAAAUAUUCACAAAACAGAAUCACCACAAAAAGGAUUAAGUGAAAAAUUACAUCGUAUCAAAGAACAAAUAGAAUAUAGAGAUUCAGAAGAAGACUCUAGUGAAUUUGAAAUUAUUGACCGUCAGUCUUUACCAUCUGCAAAAGUAAAAUGUUCUCAACACCAAAAACUAAAUGAACAAAAAUUACAACCUCAAAUUAUUUUUCAUGAAAAACAAAAACCAGUUUCAAGUUUAACAGAAGAAAAGGUGAUUCAUAGUAGAGAAGGAACAUUAUUAGAUGAUGAAGUGGUUGUUCCAACUUUUCCAUCACAACCUAUCCAACUAAGUCAAUCAACAUCUAUGUUAAAUCGUGGAUUCGAAAGUGGACAAUAA